AUGUUAGUCUGAAUAUGUAGAGCAUACUAUCCUUUCUUCUGAAAUAAGCCAAGCAGAACAAGAAAGGAUUACUAUUUGUAAAUUUAUAAAUUUGGUUUUAUUUACUGCCAUCUUUUAGAUAGAAAUAUGUUGGUUUUUUAUGACUCCGACCUGUGAGAGUUGACAGUGAGAACUUGGUGUAAUUAUAAACCUGUACAAUGGCGUGGAGGUUAAAAGAUUUGGUUCAAAGAGGAGUUAUUGCUCAUUUGUCAGUUUUCAUCUGCCCUCAGAUGUAUCAAGUAGAAAGUACCACUCCAUUGUUUAGGUUUACUUUCCACCAAGACCUCCAGAUGGCAGGUUGUCUCACUGAGAUCUACACGGGCAUCAUACAUCUGGCCUGCGCGAUGAAGUGCCUGAACACUCAGAAAUGUCCUUCAUUUGUUUAUAUCCCGGAGACGGCGUACUGCGAGAUCUGCGCCGAUGGCUACACAGUGACUGGUCUUACGUUCAUACCUGGGUCAGGCACGUACUUGGUGAGAAAUUUACAGGACGUCAACAGGACGUUACCAAACAGCAAUGAUAUGGACGUACAGAUUGGCUUUCCUGGAAACAUGGUACCAGGAGAAAUGUUAUAUCUCCGUGCUGUUCUGAUUGGAUCAGGAAAUUGGUGGAUGAACUUGUAUCAAAAUACUGACAACAGACUGUUUCAUUUUAGACGCAGGAACGAUGGUGUGUACACAUAUCAUGCACUCAAUACAAUGCAGAACGGUGGUUGGGGAUAUGAAAAUCGUCUGCAAGAUUUCCCAUACGUCAUAGGCAAAUCCUUCGAGCUUCACAUGUUGUUCAAGUCCAGCUAUGCAACAAUUUAUUUCAAUAGACAGUUUAUGAACACGUAUGAUAGCCAAGGAAGAGCGCUGAUGGAAACUGGUCAUUUCAUCGGCCUUUAUGGGGAAAUGUUUGUAGAAGAACUGGCAAUUUAAAAAAGUUGAUGUUGAAAUAACAAGAAAAAAAAACACACAUUACUUUUUUGAAAAGACAUUAAAUACCUCCAUCCUUUAUAUAACGUGCAGAGUGAUGGUUUGUCUCUUAACAACUAAAGAAGGGGAGAUAAAAAAGCCAUGAAACAUUUUUUGUACCCCGCCCUACCCCCUUUCCCUUCAAGAAAGAAUCUAUAGGAC